AUGGGAAAAAUCCUAGUGGGAUCCACAAUGAAGAAACGGCGCAAGAGGUCGUCGAAAUCUACAGAAAUCCCGCAAGAUAGACUAGCCUUUGAAGUGCUGGCAAGGCUUUUGGUCAAGAAUCUGCUUCUUUGUAGGUGCGUUUGCAAACUAUGGAACUCCAUCAUUUCUGAUUCCAAAUUCAUCGAAACUCACCAAAAACGAUCCGAAUCACGAGCCGGUGGGAAUUAUUUAGCCACUCUUUGGAUGUCAAGAGGUGGAAUUAUUAUUAAUUUUAGGGAUCAUGAGAAUAGAAGGCUGCGGCGUACGGUGCCGGCUCCAAUAUCAUUCAAAGUUCCUCCCAAAGAAUCAUCAGCCAUUCUGUCAAUGGCUCUUCCUCUUCUCCAAGCUCCUGACCGGUGGAUCUGGCAUCAUACGAAGAAUGGCUGUCACUCUGUUCGUUCAGCAUACUUUCAGCUUAUGUACUCUCCCCUCUUCAAUCAUUGCUCUUCUGCGAACACCAUUCUGCCGGCUAGCAGAAUUGUCCAUGAAUUCCAAACGCUUCACGUUGAAUCAAUGCUGAAAAAUCCUGAUAUCCGAUUGCAGCCACUCUUGCUCCCUCCGCCAACAGAUGCAGUUAAGGUGUCUUUUGAUGGUUCCAUUUCUCGCUCAAACAACUGUUCAGGUGCUGGUGUUCUGAUUCAGUCCCCAGAUGGUAGCUUCAUACAUGGAUUGGCGCGUCAAUUCCCGGGCAUAUAUGACUCAGACCUAGCAGAGGCGUUGGCUUUCAGAGAAGCUUUGCUACUAUGUCGAAAAUUAGGUCUUUCUGGUGUGUCCAUUCAAGGUGACUCGUCCAUGAUUAUCCUUGCAGCCAUGAGGGAAUUAGACAGCUCAUCUCCUUGUUCUCCAGUAAUGAAAGAUGUGCUCUACAUAUGUAAUGACCUUCCACGCGGACGAGUUGUUGUCAUUGAUUUUCGUGAUCAUGAUGACGGAAGGCGGGGAACCAUGGUGGUGGUACCUCCAACAAAACUUAAAGUGAAUGGCCAUAGCACCGAUUUUGAGAUUUCUCAUCCUCUAAACGGCUUAGUGUAUUUAUACACUGGGCCUGACUUUGGUGAUCAUCAUGCAUUAGUCUUAAACAUUACUACCCGGCAGAUUAUGCGCCUGCCCAAGACUACAACCAAUGUUGGUAAGUUAAUAUUCUGUUUUGAUGAUAAGACUGGAAAAUACAAAGUGUUACGUCAGUAUUGGGAAAAUAGGAUGCUAAAAGCUUCAACUUAUACCCUUAAUGGGCAAGAUUCAUCUUGGAGAUUAACAAUGGAUCCUCCUCGCGCACUUUGCUGGGAAUUCAAUCUAAAUGGUCCUUGCCCUUGUGUCAAUGGAACCAUGUAUUGGCUUGUAGGCGGUUUCGAAGCCAACCUCGUCGCUUUUGAUGUUGGUAGAGAAGACUUUGGAGUUCACUGA